ACAGCCACUGGUGCCAUACAUGAAAAACAUGUUCUUCAGUAUCAUGAGGUGAUCAGCAUAGUUGCUGGAAAGACACUUGGUAAUUUGGUUCUUGCAUUCAACAUGACUGCUCUGGCCUUUGUGUGUGUUUUGCAACUCAUAGGAUGUUCCAGCCAUGUCUACUACAUGAACUCAAACUGGAACAAGCGGCAAUGGCUUUAUUUGUUUGGGGCUCUUGCAAUUCCAACAGUCCUGUUGCCUUCAUUUCACAAUUUUCGUGUUGCUUCAUUUUUGGGCAUUGUGACAACCAGCAUUACUUCAGCCUACAUGACGGUAGCUGCUAUUCAGCAUGGUCAGAUCGCAAAUGUGAAGCAUCAAGGACCCGAAAACAUGGUGGAUUUCUUUACUGGAGCCACAAACAUUCUUUUCACAUUCGGAAGCCAAAUCGCCGUUGAAUUAAUGGAAGCCAUGUGGAAGCCUAACAAAUACAAGUAUGUGUAUAUAUUUGCGGUGUUGUACAUCUACUUAUUAACUAUACCGAAUUCUGUUGCGGUUUAUUGGGCAUAUGGAGACAUCCUCAUACAACAGUUGAAUGCAUUCGGUAUUUUGCCCCCCUCAAAGAUGAAAAAUGUAUGCAUAAUUGCCAUGAUUUUGCAUCAGUACGUAGCGUUUCUGCUGAGUGCAAACCCGCUAUUUCUGGCAUGGGAGAAAGUCGUUGGAGUUCACACAAGCAGGAGAUUUGUGCUUAGAGCAUUGGCAAGAGUGCCAAUCGUGCUUGUUAUCUGGUUUUUCGCAUUGGCAGUUCCAUUUUUUGGACCGAUAAACUGUCAUGGGUGCAUUCGUCAUUUCUUUCUCAGUCUACAUUAUUCCGAGUGUGGCUUUCAUGAAAGCUUGUUCAAAGAAGCAAUUAGAAACUGCCAAAGAUGAGAUCGCAAAAUGUGGACCGUUGAUGUACUGGACAAGUGCUGUUAUAGCAACAUGGGCACUUGUUUUUGGAUUCGGUUUCGGAGGAUGGGCGAGCAGCACAAACUUCAUUAGGCAAAUAAAAUCAUUUGGGUUUUUCGACGAAUGUUACCAGUGCCCUCCAAAGCAUUGAAUAUAGUUUUAUCUUCUUUCUCUGAGCCAAUCUACUGUUUGGCAUCUUCAGCAACUUAUCCAGAAAUGUUCUUCAAAAACAACUGUGAUUAUCUGCCCAUCUUGUAAGUUAAACUUGUUCAUUUGUUCAUACUUUGUAUUAUGUGAUUUACAUGAUGAAAUGGGAAAAAAAAAAAAGAUAAUUUUGGGUAUCCAAA